AUGUUUGUCUCGCCAUCUCAGGCUCCAUAUCCCGGUCUUUAUGAACGUAAUCAACAAUUUAAACCUCCCGAAUUUAUCCCACAAUAUCCUGAACCAUUGCCAAGCCAUCAACCACAACAAUAUCCACAACAACUACCAUCAGCACCGCCAGGUAAUAACUAUCCACCGUCUCAGCCAAACCAACCCAAUUAUUAUCCUCCAUCGGCCGCACAAAAUAAUUAUUCUAAUACUCAAUGGUCAGUGCCAAACCAACCUGAUGCGUCAGGAAUGUAUCCUAACUUAAACCAUAAUCAGAGUGUUCAAACAGCAUAUCAAAACAAUUAUAAUCCAAACCAGAUCUAUGUUCCUCAAGUACAAAUAUUAUUUUUCGUUGAAAUGUCACGUCAAAUAACAGCAAAAGAUAUUGCAACAUUGCCUCAACCAGGCUUAAAUGUAGCUGAAUCAUUUUCAUUUAGUCCCGAUGAUAAAUUUAUUACGUAUUUACGGAGUCCAAAUGAUACACUUGUUCGACAACUUUAUACUUAUAAUUAUACUCAAAAUAGUGAAGCAAUUUAUGUUCAACCACCAGAUAAUAGAACAGGUGAAACAGAAGAUAAUCUAUCACAAGAAGAAAAGUUAAGACGAGAAAGACAACGACAAUUAAUAACUGGUAUUACACGAUAUUCAUGGGCAAAGAAAGGUUAUCUGAUGCUUAUACCAAUCGGUAGUGAUUUGUAUAUAAAAGAUGAAAGUCAGCAAUUGAAAUUAUUGAUUAAAUGUGAAUCCAAUGAUAAACCAAUAUUAGAUCCACGAUUAUCGAGAGAUGGUAAAACAUUAGCCUAUGUUCAAGAUUCAGAACUUUAUGUAAUAGCGACGGAUGGUAAAACAAAAGCUAAACAGUUAACAACUGACGCACGUUAUGCUGAUAAAACAAAUGGUUUAGCAGAAUUUAUUGCCCAAGAAGAAAUGGAUCGAUUUGAGGGAUUUUGGUGGUCGAAUGAUUCAAAAUAUAUCGCCUAUACUCAAGUUGAUGAAACAAAUGUACCCGUAUAUCGUAUUGCUCAUCAGGGAUCUGAUGAUCCGUUACAAGAUGAAGAACAUCAUUAUCCAUUUGCUGGAAAAUCUAAUGUAAAUGUUCGUUUAGCUGUUGUUGAAGUGGAAACAGGCUUCAUAAAAUGGAUUAAUCUAAGUCAAAUAACAAAAAAUGAUGAAUAUUAUAUAGCACGUGUUAAAUUUUUUCAUGAUAAUACAUUGGCUAUUCAAAUUGAAAAUCGUUUACAAACAAAUUUAAAAUUAUUACGCUAUGAUAUAAUGAAAAAUGAAUUAAAAAUAUUAUUGGAAGAAAACAGUGAUGUAUGGAUUAACUUACACAAUUUAUUUUAUCCAUUAGAAAAUAAUCAAUUUAUUUGGGCAAGUGAACAAAGUGGUUUUAUGCACUUAGAAUUACGAGAUUAUGAUGGUAAACUCAUUCGUCAAUUAACAAGCGGUGAUUGGGUUGUAUUUCGAUUAAUUGAUGUUGAUGAGACGAACGAAUUAAUUUAUUUUCUUGCUAAUCGUGAAAGUCCAUUAUAUGUGCAUUUGUAUAGUGUUUCUUAUCAAUCAUCAUCAACUCAAAUAACUCGUCAUACGGAAGAAAAUGGUUGUCACACAGUAUCAUGUAUCGAUCAUAAGUAUGAACGUUGUAUUGAUACAUGGAAUAGUCUCGAACAACAUCCAGUUGUUCGAAUAAUUAAUUUGAAAACAAAUAAUAUCGAAUAUGAAUUCAAACAUCUUCAACAAAAUCAACAACAACAAAUUCAGAAAUAUCAGUUUAUUAAACCAGAACUAUUCACAAUACAAAAUAGACAUGAUGAUACACUUUAUUGUGCGUUAUAUCGCCCGGUUCAACAACAACAACCAUUACCAACAAUUGUUUCUGUCUACGGUGGACCUCAUGCACAACGUGUAAUUAAUAGUUGGGCCUUAACAGUUGAUAUGCGUGCACAACUAUUAGUCCAACAGGGUUAUGUAGUUAUCCGAAUUGAUAAUCGAGGCUCAGCAAACAGAGGGUUGAAGUUUGAAAGUGCAAUUAAACAUGAUCUGGGAAAUAAAGAGGUUGAAGAUCAAGUGGAUGGGAUUAAUUAUUUAAUACAACAGGGUAUUUGUGAUAAAAAACGUGUGGGUAUUUUUGGUUGGAGUUAUGGUGGAUACAUGGCGUUAUGUGCAUUAGUGCGAGCAAAUGAUACAUUUAAAUUGGGCAUUGCCGGUGCACCUGUGACGCAUUGGGAUGGCUAUGAUACUCACUACACCGAGCGUUAUAUGGGACUUCCCGCAGUAAAUGUUGUCGGUUACAAAGAAUCGAGUGUGAUGCAUCAUAUACAAAAUUUAAAUGGACAUUUGAUGAUUAUUCAUGGCCUUAUUGAUGAGAACGUUCAUUUUAGACAUACAGCUCGUUUAAUAAAUGCAUUAAUAAAAGCAAAUAAAUCAUAUGAAUUGCUUUCAUUUCCUGAUGAACGUCAUAUGCCUCGAAAAAUGGAAGACAGACUUUAUAUGGAAACUCGAAUAAUUGAAUUUAUUAAAAAGUAUUUGUAG